AACUUAUUAAAUAGAGGUAAAAAUGGCGCGAGAACAGGUGAAGUUCAUGGAUGAUGAUGAGAAUGAUUUCGAUCUCUAUGAUUUUGACACAAAUGAGCAGGUGGGACAGCAGCUGAGGGAAGCAGUUAAAACGAGCUAUGGAAAGUCUAGUCACGGUAGAGUUGCUGCUUCACGAGCAGGAAAACCGCCAUCUUUGCCUGGUGGAUCAAACAAUUUCGGGGCGGUGCCCCCAACAUCAUUUGGGCGAAUGUCGACUGCACAGGCUGCCGCGGAAGCAGCUGCAAGACCGAUGACUGCUGUGAGAGCUGCUGGAUUUUCAUCGGCUAAAGAAAACCCUUUGAAAAUGACAAGCAGUGGCAAUCAGGGUCCGAAAUUGUCGGAGUUCAAUGACACCCCCGAAGAGAGGGUGAAGAUGCUGGAGAAGAAGGUGAUGGAGAGGCUACAGCAGAGCUACCUCGCAGCAUCCGAUGACUUCCAAAAGGCACAAGAGUCUGCGCAGAUGGCAACACGUGAGUUUGACAAGUUGGAGAGAGAACGUACAACCAAUUUACCAGAAAGCAGUCAGAACGUGGACCUGCAGUUCUCGGUGAAACUCAACAAAGCAAUUCUGCUGCAGAAGACUGAAAAAUUCGAGGCUGCUAAGCAAGCGUACCAGGAGAUAAUUCACAGCAAGAACUUCUUGGAUCCAAUAACUAAAAGAUUCAACGUGAAUAUUGGAAACAUGCUAAUUAAGAGCAGAGUCUAUAAUGACAAAGAGUACAAAAAGGCUAUUGAUAACACGCCGCAGACGCACAAGCUGAUCAAGUGUAAAAUAAAUAUGAACAGGGCGAUUGUGUUGAUAAAGAAGAGGAAGUAUGAAGAUGCGGCGGAUCUGUUGGAACAGAUAUUUGCAAACAAAGAUACCAGCUACGAUAUCAGAGCAGCUUACAACCUGUUGAUGUGUCGCUACAUGUGUGGUGACAGACAAGGAAUGAAGAGUGCGUUUGAGAGGAUGUUGCGAAUAGACCUCAACCUCACCCCAGACGACCAGUACUUCAAACACGAUAAGACAGAUACUAAAUGGAAUGAGUUGGUGGAUGCGAUCAAAGGAGACAGACUGUACCACUACGAGAAGAGCAAAAGAGACAAGGCUGACCAGUUGGUGGUCAGAUCCGCCAAGCUCAUAGCCCCCUGCAUCGAGCCAGAGUUCUCACAAGGAUUCGACUGGGUUGCUGAUCAAAUGAAAACAGCAGAACAGUACAAACAUCUCUACAACGAGAUCCAGAUUAGCAAAGCCAUCUCAUAUGUGAAGAUGAAGAAGUUCAACGAGGCCAUUGACACCCUGAAGGAGUUUGCCAAGAAGGGCUCUGACAUCGCGGGAAGUGCCUCGACUAACUUGGCAGCCAUCUUCUUCCUCCAAAAUGACCUUCAACAGGCACAGAAGUAUGCCACAAUUGCAGUCGAGUUGGACCCAUACAAUGCUCAAGCCUUCAAUAACAAGGGCUGUGUGUUGUACAAAGAGGGUCAGUUUUCUCAGGCUUACCAAUUCUUCAGUCAGGCAUGCAAGAAUGACGCCACGUGCAUAGAGGCACUCUACAAUAUGGGUCUGGCGGCGAAGAGCCAGGGUCAUUUGGAGGAGGCAAAGGACAGACUGGAGCAGCUGCACUCCAUCCUGAGGACAAAUGCGGAGGUGGAGUACCAGCUGGCGGAGAUCUACGAGAGUAUGGGCGACACAGACAUGGCCAAGCACUGGCUGGAGAUGGUGGCGGUCACUUCUGGCAGACAUGAUCCAGGCAUCUGUGUGGCAUUGGGGAACAUUCUAGAGGAGGAGGACGAAAACGAAGCCUUCAAGAUGUACAAUGACGCGUUCAAGGCGCUCCCGUCCAGCAGUGGGAUCAUAAAGUGGCUGGGCUCAUACUACAUAAAGAUGCAGGUGUACGAGAAGGCCAUCAUGUACUUUGAGAAGGCUGCAGUCGCCCAGCCGGCGAAUGUGACCUGGCCUCACCACAUAGCCAAGUGCUACAGACGAAUAGGCAACUACCACAGGGCAUUCGAGACAUACAAGCUCAUCCACAGACGAUUCCCUGACAACAUCGAAUGCCUCGAAUGUCUGGUGCAGCUGUCGAACGACCUUGGCCUGAAGAAGGAGCACGAGGAGUACUCCAAACAGCUGAAGAAGGCACACAAGUCCAUAGAGAUCAAGGAACAGAGAAUAGCGAGUGGCAGUAGCAGACGAGGAAGUGGAGUGGGCAUGCAUGGCAUGAACAGCACAGCUCCUGCGGGUGGAUCUGCGGCUGCCGGAAGAAUGCUGGCGGACAACAACACCAGCUUCGGACUCAGCGACGGCACGCCCUCUCGCGAGGGAAGCGGAGGCAGUGGACGCAAUAUCCCCAGGAGCCACAAGAGAGGUGGACUGGCAUCCACGCUUCCCCCCAGUGGGGCUGGCUCCUUCGAAGACCCGGCUCUUGCCAGAUUAGGCAGUGCCGGUAGCACUCGGGGGGCACUCCCAGGGUCCGAGCUCAGUGUGCACGAUGCAGACGCCAGGAUUAACUACCAGGAGCGUCCAAAGACAGCGGCCAAAAAGCCGAUGAAACAGCAAGACGAAUUUGCAGAUGAGGAAUUGGGAGAUGAUUUGCUGCCCGAAUAGACUUAUUUACUGGGUUCAUUAAUAAGUGAGUUAUUUUCAAAUUGUGAAUGGUAAUAAUGAAAAUGCAAUGAUAUCACCUUUGUGUAGAUUUUGUAAAAUCCAUGUAAUUAGCCAUGUUUUGCCUGUAGUGAACCUGUAAAUAGUGUUAAAUAUGUGUAAACUAAUUAAAAGUACAAUUCAACUUUCUUUCUCCGGGUUCAUGAUUGGCGGUUUUCUAUGCGCUAACGAUAUAUUGUUCUCAUGCGUUGAAAGUUUGCCAUUU